UUUUUCACUUUUGCAUGGAUUGCGAAAUUUCCGUCAUUUAAUAUUAUGCCACUGGACUGUGUCGUGUAAUUUCUCUGGAUGAUGCCAGUAGGCUAUGUCAACUGAGCACAGGCCGCGCAUCUGUGAAGUUGACAUUUGCCAGCCUUAUCAGUUGGCAAGACUCCUAGGACAGCUUGGUUAUGCCUGCACGGUUACUAGGCUACUUUCUGCAGUCGCCUUAUAUAGAUAUUUUGUAGGUUUCUGUAUAACUGCUGUCUGUAGCCUUUUUCAUUGUUUAGACCACCACACAGAAAUUGACCUUCGAAAAUAAAAAGCCUAAUGUUAAAUGAUGGCCUAUCAAUAUUCAGAUGUUAACUCAUUAAUGGUCUAUGCUGGAUAUUGUAGACGUUGUUGUGCACAGUGGUGUUUUUUUCGUCAUUUGCCCUCACAGGAAGAGAAGACCAUGGCAGGGACAGCGCGACACGACCGGGAGAUGGCGGUAAACGCCAAGCGUCAGUUAUCGGCGACCUCAGAUCCCGUGGAGCGGUUAAGGCUCCAGUGUUUGGCAAGGGGGUCAGCUGGAAUCAAAGGACUGGGCAGGACUUUCAGGAUCAUGGAUGAUGACAACAACCGUACUUUGGAUCUAAAGGAGUUUCUAAAGGGGUUAAAUGAUUAUGGCGUUCUGAUAGAAAAGGAAGAGGCUCUUAAACUGUUCCAGCACUUUGACAGAGAUGGCAGCGGGCAGAUUGACUUUGAUGAGUUUCUGAUUACACUAAGGCCACCCAUGUCCAAUGCUAGGAAAGAGGUGAUCAUGCAGGCAUUUAGAAAGCUUGACAAGACAGGCGAUGGGGUCAUAACCGUUGAAGAUCUUCGGGGCGUGUACAAUGCCAAAAACCAUCCUAAGUAUCAAAAUGGGGAAUGGACAGAAGAUCAGAUAUUUCGGCAGUUUCUGAACAGUUUUGACUCCCCCGAUGACAAGGAUGGAAAGGUGACAAAAGAAGAGUUUAUGAAUUACUAUGCAGGUGUGAGUGCAUCCAUUGACACAGACAUCUACUUUAUAAUAAUGAUGAAAAAUGCCUGGAAGCUCUAAUAACAUCUAAAGACAUUCUUCUGAGGGUGAAGAGAUGACACGUGACCAAAGAGGAGUUCUUGAACUACUACUGUGGAGUCAGUGCCUCCAUCGAGAGCGACGUCUAUUUCAUUCUGAUGAUGAGAAGUGCCUGGAAACUCUGAUUGUGCCUUACCAAUAACCCAUGUGCCUAUUUCACUAAUCAAUUCUCAGUGUGUACUGUGUAGGGAAAUUAUGUAUGCCACAAUGUUAUUUGGAAAUGUACAAGGGGGGAAAGUUGUGUUAAUCUGUAUAUAAUUUUGAACCGCUGUUGAAUUGUCGUUGGUUUUUGUUGCUUAAGUGCUGUACUCAUUCGUAUGAUCUCCAGCGAUGUAUUUUAUUUUACUGUCAAGAUCAUGUUUUUUUGGUGGACUUUGUACUGUCAAGUUGAGUGUUUAUUGUACCUCAAUAACAAGCCUUUGCAGUAUGAUUUCAUCAUCUUACGGAGAUGUUUAGCAUUUAGUUGUGUAACAGUCAGUCAUCAUGUCUCUGAAGUGUGAGGAUAUACAGUAUCCACCACUUGACAGGAGUCUGUUAUUUAGUUGUGCCUUACAAAUAAAAAGUCUAGAUGAUAUUA